UUACAUUACUAAGACAUGGAUUCCCAUAUUUCUAAAGAAAAGCUGAGAAGUAAGAUUGUAACAACUUAUUACGGAAGAAAGGAAUUAAAUCUGUCAUGGUUGGAUUUGCUUGAAUUGCCUGAAGCGGUGCUGGAAUUAACUGAGUUGGAGGAACUUGACCUGUCAUGGAAUAAACUUAAAACAAUACCUGAAAAUGUUGGAAAACUAAAUAAUAUUACGGAACUUAAUGUAAGGGGAAACCAGCUGUCCAUAUUCCCUGCAAGUUUGACACAGCUGAAGAAACUCAAACGGCUGUACAUCUCACAUAACAAACUAACCACCAUCCCUGAUGCUAUUGGUGAGAUGGUGGCACUGGAGGGACUGGAUCUGAGUUACAACCAGUUGACUGUGUUGAGUCCAGCUAUAAAACAGCUGAAGAAACUCAAAUGGCUGAACAUCUCACAUAACAAACUAACCACCAUCCCUGAUGCUAUUGGUGAGAUGGUGGCACUGGAGGGACUGGAUCUGAGUUACAACCAGUUGACUGUGUUGAGUCCAGCUAUAAAACAGCUGAAGAAACUCGAAUGGCUGAACAUCUCACAUAACAAACUAACCACCAUCUCUGAUGCUAUUGGUGAGAUGAAACAGCUGUGGCAUGGUAAUCCUUUUACAGGACUGGAUCUGAGUUACAACCAGUUGACUGUGUUGAGUCCAGCUAUAAAACAGCUGAAGAAACUCCUAUGGUUGUCUGUGUAUGGGAAUCCUUUUACAGUUGAAGGAAUGAGAAGUGUUACGGAGCUAGAAGAUAGAGGAAUAAUUGACCGAGUAUAUUCAGAUCUCCGAGUACAGCUGGCUUAUGAAAGGGCUUUGAAAGAUGGAUAUGUCACAGUUUACCGCAGUAGAAUAUUACUCAUUGGUCAGGAUCGAGCUGGUAAAACCAGUUUAAAGAAGAGUCUCCUUGGCCUUCCAUUUGACUCUGAAGAACAGAGCACUGAGGGGAUUGAAGUGGAUCCUUCAAAGUGUGAAAUUGAUGUUGACCAAGCUGCAAGGAACUGGCAGUCCAUUGGUGAGAUUAAACCAGGACUGUUGGAAUGUUCUAAAGACGUGGCAAAGACUGUUGUGGAGAAAAUUUAUGCACAAGAUGAAAAUUCAGGAGUAGAUACAGAUGAAACUUCAGAAGAAGAUUUUGAAAAAGAUUCAGCCCACAUUUCAUCUGCAGAUUUUGAAGAGGGAUCUUUCAAUGGUUACAAAUAUGGCAGAAAAGAGGUUGAGGAUAAAGGAGAUUACCUGUCAGUUGAUGCUAUGCACAACAUUAGCAUUGAACACACAAUGGACUGCACCUCAGAUGAGCCCAAGGUAAUUAUUGAUGUUGCUCAACCCCCUGAUACUGUGAAGCAUGUUCAUCAGUUGUUGAAGUAUCUCCAAGGCAAAGACAUCAAAAGUGGUUUAUUCAAAGAAGAAUCCUAUGUUAUGGAUAUUUGGGACUUUGCAGGGCAGCACCUGUACUAUGCCAGCCAUCCUAUCUUCUUAUCACAGCGAGCACUGUACAUAUUGGUGCACAAUCUCAGCAAGCCUUUGGAUGCUGCAGCUGAGCCCUGCAUGAGACAAGGGAGUAAUGAUGUGAAAUUGGAAAACCCUAACAAUGAAACAAACAUGGAGAAUUUGCUGUCAUGGCUGGCUACAGUACACGGUGUUGCCCUGGCAACUGAUGACCCAGAUGAUGAUGCACAACAUAAGCUGCCCUACCUCCGUCCCCCAGUGUUUAUUGUUGGAACACAUGCUGACAAACCAGUUGAAGACAUAGAAGUAAUAAAGAAACAAAUACAGGAGAGAAUUUCUGGUAUGGAAUAUGAGAAGCAUGUGGUCAGACCCUUAUUCUGCAUUGACAACACUCAGGGACAAAACUUGAUUGACAACAGUCAAGGACAAAACUUGAUUAAGAAAUUUAUCCAGAAGAUUCGAAAGCAGAGAGAGAAACAUAAAACAGCUGAGGAAGAAGGAAAAGGAGAUGGAAUAGAUGAAUUGCAGAACAGAAUCCUGGAGGUAUUGAGGCAGGAGCCUUAUAUGGGGGAGAAAAUACCUGUCAGAUGGUUUUUGUUUGAAAAGGUGAUUGAAGCUUUGCUGGCCAAACAGAUUUAUUACAGAAAUCUGCAACAACUUGAGCACUAUGCUAGGAAAGAUUGUUUCAUGAAAGAUGCAAAAGAGUUUGAGGCCAUGAUCAGUUUUUAUCAUGGCCUUGGGAUGAUAAUCAAGCACCGCAGUACAGUUGUACUUAAGGCUCAGUGGUUGAUUGAUCUGUUCAAACAACUGAUAACCAUUCCACCUUUCAAUGAACAGACUCCUUUAUAUGCUAAGUACUGGCAGGAACUUGAAGCAAGUGGCAUCCUUAGCAUGGAACAUGUUGAUCAUGUGUUCUCCAGCUUUAUUACGGGAGGAAUCGUUAAGGCAGACAUCCUUGACAUGAUGGAGCGAUUUGGUUUGAUCGCUAAGUUCUCAGCUUCCCCAACUGACAAGAAGUACUUUGUACCAGCUCAGUUGAAGUCAUCGCCUGUAGAACUCUGUAACAUGGAAUUAUCAUCAACUGACCCUUGUCCAUUGUAUCUCCUCUUUGUCCAUGGCUUUGUCCCUCAUGGUCUUUUCUUGCAGCUUGUCUCCCGAUGUAUUCGUUGGUGUUCAGAGACAUGGGCCACGCAUCAACCCACCCUGUACCAAAAUGGAGCAUGGUUCAUUAUUGGGAAAGAUAUUCAUGAUUUUGUCCUCAUAUGCAAAACAGGAUUUGUGAAGGUAACCUUGAGACAAAGAAAAGCACAAAGUGAUCAGGUUGAAGGACAGAACUCCGUCGAACUAGCAACUCUUGUUCGUGAAUUUCUUGAAGACACCCUAAAGAAUUUGUCACAAGAAAUGCCAUACCUGAGAGGAAUGAAGUAUAGGCUGUGUGUUGCAUGUCCUUACUGUCAUCAAGGGGCAGAAGAAACACGUCGUGCAUGCUCAGACCAAGUGAAAACCAGUUGUACACACAAGGACUGCUUCCACCUCAUUGAUGCAAAUGAAGGUCAGCCGGACAUCUGUAAGCGAAAACCUUGCAAUAUGGUAGAACCAGUUUGUGGAUUAAAGAAAUGGUUCUUGAAAAGAAGAAGCCAGGGUUUGUCCUCUUCAAAUGUAGCUGCUAGAUCACAUGAUGAAGCAAGUGAAAUCAAUCCAAUGAAGUCUGCCACAGCAUUGAAGGUGACUCUCCUGGGCAGUGAGUGGAGUUCGUCAAUGGGAGGCUUGUCCACCAUCAACAGACAGCUUGCCAUUCUGUUGGCCAAACACUCUGAAGUGGACGUUACUCUCCUUGUCCCACAGUUUGCCUGUUCUGAAGACGAGAGGAGAAAUGCAUCAAGUCACAAUGUUUCCAUCCAGGAAGCCGAGAAACUUGCAGGCUUCAGUGAUCCUCUUGAAUGGUUGAGUUUCCCACCAAGAGACCUUGACAUUGACUUUGUGCUGGGUCAUGGUGCAAAGCUUGGUAAGCAAGCCCAAGUUAUCAGAAAGUAUCACAGUUGCAAGUGGAUUCAGGUGGUGCACACUGCACCCGAAGAACUAGGAAUGUACAAAAACUAUCCCAUGGCCAUUUCCAAAGGUGAAGAUAAGAGUACAACUGAAGUGGAGUUGUGUAAGUUGGCAGAUGCUGUGGUAGCAGUUGGACCAAAGUUGACGAAGGCCUACUCUUCUUACCUGCGCUCAUGUGAGAAGCACCAAGAUAUAAUUCAACUGACACCAAGCACGUUCAUUGAGUUUUCCGACGUUAAACAAGCUGCAGUUGACAUGGACAACUUUAAGGUUCUAACGUUUGGCCGUGGUGACCCAGAGGACUUCAGCUUGAAGGGCUACGAUAUCUCUGCCAGAGCAAUAGUUGAACUGGAAGACAGGUCUUACCAUCUGAUUUUCGUGGGUGCACCUGACGGUAAACAGGAUGAGGUGGCCAAAAAUUUACUGGAGAGUGGAAUUGAUAAAAAGCAGCUGACCGUGAGGAAGUUCAUGCAAAGCAAAGAGGGAUUGAAAGAAUUAUUUUGUGAAGUUGAUCUCUGCAUCAUGCCCUCUAGAACAGAGGGGUUUGGUUUGACGGCUUUAGAAGCAUUGUCUGCUGGUCUUCCCAUUCUUGUCAGUGGCAACUCAGGAUUUGGUGAAGCACUGUGCACUGUACCAUCAGGCAAAUCAUUCGUGGUGGAGUCUGAGGACCCUGAGGAGUGGGCAAAGGCAAUUGCUGGUGUCCGACAGAAGGAAAGAUCAGAUCGACUUCAAGAUAUUCAACAACUGAGGAGUUCAUAUGAAGAGAAGUUUAGCUGGGAGAAGCAGUGUGACAGUCUUGUGGAGAAGAUGUGGGACAUAGUUCAUGCUUCUAAAAGACAAGACACAAGUUUCAGAGCUCAGCAGGUCAAAGUUGUUGACACGUCAACUGAACAACUAACAGUGGAUUCAUUACUGACUCCAAGUUAUCUUAAACAAAUUAUCCAGGAACUUCAGCAGAUGCAACUGGAUGCAAGCAAAGUCAAGAGCAGAACAGAUCUAUCAUUGGGGCUGAGGAAUAUUGCAUCAGACAGGGGCUUCAGAAUAUCUGACAAUCAAGGAUUAGGAAAUUGCAUGUUCUAUGCCUUGUCCGAACAACUGGAAAUUGUUAAGGGAAUCAAAAUCCCACAUGGCGAAUUGAGACAAAACUUAGUUCAGUACCUCAGGGGCAACCCAAAACUUCCGGAUGGAACAGAUCUGUUUGACUUUGUCCAUGGACAUCAAACAUGGACUGAAUACCUAGUACACAUGGAACAAGAUGGCGCUUGGGGCGAUCACGUGAUUCUGUGUGCCGCAGCAAACUACUUUGAAACGUGCAUUCGUGUGGUCAGCAGUCUAUCCCAUAGCAAUGAUGUAAUCAUUACGCCACAUUGUCCAGUUGACGAAAGCAAGCCUCUCGUGCUGGGACAUAUUCAUGAGAUGCACUAUGUCAGCCUUCAACCCGUGCAAGGUAACUGGGGACUAUUGUCUGAUUGGCUGGGAGCAACUCUAAAAUCCUGGUGUUCUAUUGGCUAAUCCAAUAACCCAUUCGAAAGGUGGGAAACCGAGAGAUGGCGGUUGCAGCUUUGGAAGAGUUUUUCUCUCAUUCAUACUUUGGUCGUUGUUUUUAUGGAGACCUUGCUACCAUUGCGAAAAUCUGACAUGGUAGUCACAAUCAUUAGUGCCUAAUGAUCAUUGUGGUGAACGGUGAUUCAUCCCAAAUAAAAACGACAGCGAGUGAUCUUAAAAUUGGACGAAGUGCAAGCUUACACGAGUGCCGAUCAAGAGCGAAAUUUGAGGACAGCGAAUCGUUUUUUCUUUUAAAAUGCAGUUUUUCGAUAUCGUUUGGGGUGGCAAAGCAUAGUGGAGUUACCAUAAACAAUAAAGUAGAUCUACCUUGAAUAAAAUUGCGUAAAUUUGGUGUUCCUUUGAAA